GUGGGUGAGUAUUAAAAAGUAUGCAUGUGGAUUUGAACUAGAUUAAAAAACAAAAAGAGAGUACGACUUCCCUUUGAUGAGUGGUCAAUAUAUGACUCAAAUGUUCAUCAACAUCUCAGACAGUUUGUAUGCUAUGUCCAUGAUUUUCCGUUGUGGUAUCUGAGACCCGUGCAGGUUCGGACGGCUCCAGUCACCUGGUCGGUAGUCAUCCCGGUCACCUGGUCGGUAGUCAUCCCAGUGUUGUCCUGUAGAUCUGUUGUUGUCUUGACUUCGAUACUGGAACAGCUUCGUGUUCUGGAACGGGCGCUCUUGUUCUAUCCCCGGAUACUGUUAAGUUGGUAAAUCGGAAGGUGUAUACGUGCCAUCAUUUGUUGGCUGUGCUCUCCGGUUGCUACUGUCUCUGCUCUGACUGUUACUUAUGGUUCGUUUGGCAUCUGCUACAAGUAGACUAGUCCCCGUGGUGUCGUCAAGGUGGAUCUGAUCAGGUAUUGACUACACAAAGAGCAAUAUGUAUCAAGGUCAGAUGAGCUUUGGUGGGCGGAGCCUCCAUCACAUCGAUCCUGAUCUGCUCAAUCCAUACCAACAGGUCAUUGCCAUUCUGGGUGAAACUCUUUCCCACUUUGAUGACGAUGGUCUCAUCCCUGCGUUUGGAUUUGGCGAUGCCUCAACUUCUGAGAAGCGAGUGUUUCCCUUCAAGGAGUCCGGCUGUUGUGAUGGUUUCACUGAUGUGUUACAGUGUUAUAACCUGAUCACGCCCAGAGUCAAGCUCAGUGGGCCCACAAACUUCGCUCCACUGAUACAUCAGGCAAUAGACAUAGUCAAGCAAACUAAAGCGUAUCACAUCCUGGUGAUUGUUGCAGAUGGCCAGGUCACCAGCGAGCGUGCCACCCGUGAUGCCAUCGUCGAGGCAUCCAAGUACGCCCUGUCCAUAAUCCUGGUGGGGGUGGGGGAUGACACCAUGCAGGACUUUGAUGACAACCUUCCCAGCAGGCUGUUUGAUAACUUCCAGUUCGUUGAUUUUCACCAAGUCCGUGCGACCGCUCAGAACCCUGACACGGCGUUCGCUGUCCAGGCACUGAUGGAGAUCCCUGAUCAGUUCAAGGCAACCAGGUAGCUGGGAUAUCUGGACAGCUAGAGAUGGGCCUUAGCUCAGCACUGCUGCUGACAAACAUGCAUCUACUUCAUCUACUACAAACAUUCAUCAAUGCAUGUCAAAAAUAUAAUGUCCUGCUUUUGUCUUAACCUUGUAACAAAUUGAAAAAAUUAUGGUAUUUGGUUUUUUACUAUUCAGAUUGAAAAUGUUUUUAUUCAAAUUUGGAAAUACUAUGACAAUUUUGUAAAAUAGAGAAUAUUUGAAUGAUUUUGUACAUAUUUGUAAAAGAAAGGAGACAGAUCUGAAGUUAUGAACAAAUUUUGAUCAAUAGAACAGAACUGGCCUUGAUGUUAUAAUGUACAUGGCUUUGCCCAACUGAUAAGCAGAGAUAUGUUGUAGCAAUGACAAAUGCUGCUGGCUGUACAUCUCCUACAAUGCAGAGAAGCUGAUAUAUUAGCAACAGGGAUCUAGCUACAAAAUUUGACAUGUCUUAAGUUCACACAUUAACGUGUAAUAAUGACAUGAACGUUAAAACAUUGAGCAUGAGAAAAAGCAACUUAAAUCAUUAACUAACGGGUAUCUCACUGGGCUUGCCCCCUAGGCAGAUGACAUUCACCACUACUUGCAAACAGGUGCCAAUUAGUUGGCAAGUGGUGCCAGCUAAUACCAACUUAUCGACUGAAAUUGCCCUUUAUUUUAAAGUUAGAAAGUUUAAGUGGCAAAAUGCUGCAAAUGGAUGUGAACUAAACCCCAAAAUGUAAGCCAUUAGAUUCUAAUGAGCUCAAAGAAGGUGCAAACUGGAUGCCAACAGUUUGCAUCUUGACCUUUCGAAUAAAGUUUGCCCGACCGCAUCUUGAACCCUAA